AUGGCCGCGGCCUUCGCCUUCUCCCCCACCUUCGACGGCGACAACGGCAACCCGAAGAAGCGGCUGAAGCUGCUCGAGGCCGACGAGGCGCUCGUCGCGGCGCUCGAGGCCGGCGAGAAGGUGCGCUUCGUCGGCAACUCGUCGACGCCGGACGUCGUGCUCUGCACGGCGCGCGAGACCUUCAAGGUCACCAAGGUCGAGUCGAGCAACACGACGAUCCUCUGCGCCGGCGGCGCCGGCGGCGGCGCGCCCGUCGUCGCCCGCGGGCUCGCGGACUUCCACUGGGAGGCGCGGAAGGCGGCGCCGCGCCUCGACCUCGCGGCGCUCCUGCCGGCCUACGGCGGCGACGGCGCCGAAGACGCCGCGCCGACGCGCGCGGACCUCGAGUCGACGGCCCAGGCGUCGGCGGCGGAGCUCGACGGCGCGCUCGCGUCGGGCGCGGUCCUCGUCGACGGCUCCGGCCGCCACUUCCACCUCGACGAGGCGCGGCUCCACAAGUGCCUCGACGAGGUGCUCACGGCCGUGUCCCUCCAGGGCUGGCCCGCCGCCGACGUCCCCGCCAAGGCCUGCGCGGCCGACGCCGCGACGCACGGCGCCGACGGCGCCGUCGCCGCGCACUGCCUCCGCCACUUCUCGACGCCCGCCGCGACGCCGGGCCACGUCGCCCUCGACGUGCGCAAGAUCGCGCGCUCCGUCGCCGCGUCCCUCUUCGUCGCCACGCCGUCCUACGCCGCCGCGGCCGACCUCCUCUCGGACCUCAAGGACUGCCUCCCCGCGGACGCGCAGCCCGACCUCUCCUGGCUCGACGGCGUCGUCGCCGUCGCCGACGACGGCGCCGUGACCCUCGCGGACGCGCAGGACGCGUGA